AUGUCAUAUACACCCGCGCCACAAUUACUAGCGAGUGCCGUGGUAUAUAUCCGAGACAGCGAGCGUAAGCCGAUAAAGUGCCGCGCCUUGUUAGAUACUUGUGCCACAGCAAAUUUUAUUUCGGAAUCUAUUCUGAAGCGGUUGAACAUUCCGGUAAGCAAAGGCGCGUUGUCAGUCGGCAUGAUCAAUGACGUAAAUACAGAGUCGAGAGGCAUGGUACGGAUCACUAUGCAAUCCACGCACGAUAAUUAUCGCAGGGAUCUUACGUGUCUGGUGAUUCCGGUUAUCGCCGAUUUAAUUCCCUCAGAAGUCUUUCCGAGAGAAACGAUCGAAUUACCAUCAAACGUUAGAUUGGCGGAUCCGAGUUUCCACCUACCACGCGCGGUGGAUUUGCUGAUUGGUUCAGGGCUCACCUUAUCUCUGUUCUCCGUCGGACAGAUCAACUUGUCGCGUGAAGAUCACGAUCUGUAUUUGCAGAAAACACGACUCGGAUGGGUUGUGGUAGGCGGUGUACCGUCGCAAGUUCCUGCAAAACCUACGUGUUGCAUGACGAAUCUCGAGAAUCAAUUAAACAAAUUCUGGGCAAUUGAAGAAGUCAGGGAAGGUAAGAUGAAAUCGGACGAGCAAAUCGAUUGCGAAGCGCACUUCGAAAGAACGGUGUCUCGCGAUGCCGUCGGGCGUUACAAGGUUCGCUUACCGUUUCGCAAAUCAAACACGCGACUAGGGGAAUCGCGUUCCAUCGCGCUGAAACGUCUAUUAUCGCUGGAGCGUAAACUCAAUUCAAACGCAGCGUUAAGAAACGAGUACGCGCGAGUGAUCGAGGAGUAUUUGACCCUCCAUCAUACGUCAGCAAUAGAGGAUCCUGAUGACGACGGUUACUAUCUGCCGCACCACGCGGUAAUCAAAGAAUCGAGUAACACGACUAAGGUUCGAGUGGUGUUCGACGCGUCGGCGAAGACGAGCAACGGAAUGUCGUUGAACGACGCGUUAAUGGUAGGACCUACAAUUCAAGACACGUUAUUCUCGCAUUUAAUUAGAUUCCGCACAUAUAAUUACGUCAUCACGGCAGACAUCGAAAAGAUGUAUCGCCAGGUGUCAUUGCACGAAGAGGAUCGCCGUUAUCAGAGAUUCCUCUGGCGCGUAGAUGGUAGAAUUAAAACGUUUCAGCUUAACACGCUUACAUUCGGUGUUUCGCCUUCUUCCUUCCUCGCGAUUCGAGUUUUACAGAAACUUGCGGAGGACGAACGUCAUGCGUAUCCUCGAGCGGCCGAGAUUCUUACCACACAUCUUUAUGUGGACGAUUUGUUAUCCGGCGCUGACACAAUCGCCGAGGCGCGUGCCAUCCGUGACGAAAUGAUCGCGUUGCUGAAGCGGGGUGGCUUCUCCAUAAGGCAAUGGGCAUCCAACGACGAGCGCGUUGUUAACGAUUUAGCCUCCAAUGCGUUGCACACUAAUCUCGUGUUAAACGUGGAUCGUUCCGUAAAGACGUUAGGUAUAACAUGGAAUACGCGAGACGAUCAAAUGCAUUACGCGGUCCGUCCGAUCGAAAUUACUCAAAGAUUGACAAAACGAAACAUAUUAUCAGAGAUUGCAAGGAUUUUUGAUCCAAUAGGAUUACUCGGUCCGAUUAUUCUAUACGCUAAAAGGCUGAUGCAAGACAUAUGGCGUUCCGGUUUACAAUGGGACGAGUCUGUCCCACAAGACAUAUAUACGGAGUGGAAGGAAUUUGUUCGACAAUUAGAAUCAAUAAAUCGCUUUACCUUUGAACGUAAAUUGCUAAUAAACGACUAUCACGACGUUCAAAUACACGGAUUCUGUGAUGCCAGUAGUGUCGGCUACGGUGCAUGCUUGUAUGUUCGAUCUAGCAGGGAAAAUGAGACUACGAUUGUCAGAUUGGCAUGCGCCAAAUCCAGAGUCGCGCCGUUAAAACCUAUUACUAUUCCGCGUUUAGAACUCUGUGGUGCAUUAAUAUUGGCGCAAUUAUAUCGGGAAGCAAGCGCUAUAUUUAACGUUACACCUAACCGAGUCAUUUUCUGGUGCGAUUCGACCAUCGUUUUGCAUUGGAUAAAAACGCCGCCUCAUCUCCUUAAGACAUUCAUAGCAAACCGAGUCACAGAAAUUCAGAACAUCACUGGUUCCAACGUAUGGCGACACGUACAGUCGGAAGACAAUCCGGCAGACGCGUUGUCAAGAGGUCAGUUGCCUCAUACUUUUUUGCGAAACAAAAUGUGGCUUACGGGACCCUCGUGGUUAGUCGAGAACGAGAAUGAGUGGCCCAAUGAGAUCAUGCAAACGGACGUCGAAAUAACAGAAUUAAAGAAAAACACCUGUUUGUUAGCGGCGACACACGAUAUCGGGAUUCUCACCAAAUACUCUUCCUAUUCUAAAUUGCGCAGAAUCAUAGCGUAUUGCCUCCGCUUUCGCCGUACCAUUAGGUCUACCGGCUCAUUAUCCGCAAGCGAGAUUAUUGAGGCUGAACAACGAAUAUUACGGAUCCUUCAAACGUCUCAAUUUGCCAAUGAAAUCAAGGAACUCAAACUUAGGGGUUCAACGAACAAGAGCAAAAUCACCAAUUUAAACCCGUUCUUGGAUGAUUAUGGAUUGAUUCGCGUGGGGGGGCGUCUCCAAAAAUCAAAUUUAACAUUUACGCAAAAACAUCCGAUCUUGCUUCCGAGCCGACAUCAUUUAACUGAUAGCAUCAUUCGCGAAGUUCACGAGACGCACUAUCACGCGGGCAUUCAGACCACCUUAUUCAUCCUACGUCAAAGAUUUUGGUUGAUGGACGGACGGAAUCAAGUGCGGAAAAUCGUGCGCACUUGUAUUCGUUGUUCACGUUUCAACGCUAACGCGAUCGAGUAUAAAAUGGGGAAUCUCCCACCAGCUCGCGUGUGUGAAGCGGUGCCAUUCGCUAACACCGGCAUUGACUUUUGCGGACCCUUCUAUAUUAAGGAAAGAAAACAUCGCAAUAGAAACCGCGUUAAGGUCUACGUAUGUGUAUUUGUAUGUAUGGCCAUAAAGGCAAUACAUCUCGAAAUCGUGAGCGACUUAACGACUGAAGGUUUUCUCGGUGCUCUGCGACGGUUUUCUGCGAGACGCGGUUUACCGGAGCGAAUUUAUUCCGAUAACGGAACAAAUUUCGUAGGCGCAAAUCAUCAAUUAAGGGAAUUGUAUGUUUUGUUCAAUUCUGAGGAGCACAAGGCCAAAACGAAUAGGUUUGCGUCCGAACGUCGAAUCACAUGGCAUUUCAUACCGCCAGCCGCACCGCACUUCGGCGGUUUGUGGGAAUCCUCGGUGAAACUUUUUAAGCAUCAUUUCAAGCGAGUAAUCGGGGAAUCCUUGUUCACGUUCGAGGAAUUAAACACAUUUGUAGUCGAAGUCGAAGGUGUCCUGAAUUCCCGACCUAUCACCUGCCUAUCAUCCGAUCCGAAUGACUUGCUCGCCUUAACUCCAGCCCAUUAUUUGAUCGGCAAACCACUAACGACUCUCCCUGAGGGCGACUUAUCCGCUGUUCCAGUCAACCGAUUGUCUACCUGGCAGCACAUCACUAAGGUUCGUCAAGAUUUUUGGGCACGCUGGAGCCUCGAGUACCUCAAUGAGCUCCAGGUGCGUCACAAAUGGACUAAGGACGGCCCGAAGCUCGACAUCGGGACCGUCGUGCUCAUAAAGGACAAAAACGUGCCGUGUGGACGGUGGACGUUGGGCAGAGUCUUACAACUACAUACGGGAGAGGAUGGUGUCACACGAGCGGUUACCAUGAAAACCGCAGCUGGAGAGACGAAGAGAACCGUCAACUAUCUCUGCCCCCUCCCGAUCGAUAAAUAG